AGAUCUGCACUCGAUUGCUCUCCCCUGCUGGCCUGGAGAGGAUAACCGAGCCGACGCUGCCGCUGAUGCAACCCGUUGACAGGUCCACCCAGCCGGCUUUUUCUCUUCUCCACCACCCGUUGUAGGAGCACCGAUCCGCAGAAGGCCCAGCAUCAUGGCGGAUCAGCUGAGUCCGGAGGAGAAGUUCAACCUGAUCACCAGGAACCUCCAGGAGGUCCUCGGCGAGGAGAAGCUGAAGCAGGUUCUUCAGGAGAGGGAGCUCAAGGUGUACUGGGGGACGGCGACCACCGGCAAACCUCACGUGGCCUACUUUGUUCCCAUGUCUAAGAUCGCUGAUUUCCUGAGGGCCGGCUGUGAGGUCACUAUUUUGUUCGCAGACCUGCACGCUUACCUCGACAACAUGAAGGCUCCCUGGGAGCUGCUGGAGCUCCGGGUGAAGUACUACGAGCAGGUGAUCAAGGCCAUGUUGGAGAGCAUCGGCGUGCCUCUGGAGAAGCUGCGUUUCAUCAAAGGCACCGACUAUCAGCUCAGCCGAGAGUACACCCUGGACGUGUACCGCCUGUCCUCCAUGGUGACGGAGCACGACGCUAAGAAGGCCGGAGCUGAAGUGGUUAAGCAGGUGGAGCAUCCUCUGCUGAGCGGUCUGCUCUACCCUGGACUACAGGCUUUGGACGAGGAGUACCUGAAAGUCGACGCCCAGUUUGGAGGAGUUGACCAGAGGAAGAUUUUCACUCUGGCGGAGAAGUACCUUCCCUCCCUUGGGUACGCAAAGCGAGCGCAUCUGAUGAACCCGAUGGUUCCGGGGCUGACGGGGACUAAAAUGAGCUCCUCAGAGAAGUAA